UCCCCCGGCUCCUCUCUGCAUCCUCCCCGCCUUCCCAACAACAUGGAUCUCGCCAGUUUGCUCAGGUCCUGCUGCCUCCUCCUGCUCCUGGGGGCUCUGCCUGCACGGGCAGCCCAUGAUGACCCCAUUGAGAAGGUCAUAGAAGGGUUCAGCCGAGGGCUGAGCAAUGCAGAGAGAGAGGUGGGCAAGGCCCUUGAAGGCAUCAAUAAUGGAAUCACUCAAGCUGGAAGGGAAGUGGAAAAAGUUUUUGAUGGACUUAGCCACAUGGGGAGCCAGGCCGGCAAGGAGUUGGACCAUGGCUUGGACAAGGUAGCCCAUGGCAUCAACAAUGGCGUCGGACACGCAGGAAGGGAAGCAGAGAAGUUAACCCAUGGGGUCAACCACGCCGCUGGACAGGUUGGGAAGGAGACAGACAACAUCAUCCAUCAUGGGGUCCACCACGGGGUCAACCAGGCGGGCAAUGAAGCAGGGAGGUUAGGUCAGGGGGCCCACCAUGCGGUUGGUCAGGGUGGGAAAGAGGCAGAGAAAUUUGGUCAGGGGGCCCACCAUGCGGUUGGUCAGGGUGGGAAAGAGGCAGAGAAGUUUGCUCAGGGGGCCCACCAUGCGGUUGGUCAGGGUGGGAAAGAGGCAGAGAAGUUUGCUCAGGGGGCCCACCAUGCGGUUGGUCAGGGUGGGAAAGAGGCAGAGAAAUUUGGUCAGGGGGCCCACCAUGCUCUUGGUCAGGGUGGGAAGGAUAAACUAGGUCAGGGGGCCCACCAUGCGGUUGGUCAGGCUGAGAAAGAGACAGGGAGGUUAGGUCAGGGGGCCCACAAUGCCUUUGGUCAGCCUGGGAGAGAGGCAGAGAAAUUUGGUCAGGAUGGCCACCAUGCCUUUGGUCAGCCUUCGAAGGAAGUGGAGAAGUUUGGUGAGGGUAUUCACCAUGCCUUCGGUCAGGCUGGGAGAGAGGCAGAGAAAGUCGGUCAGGGUGUCCACCAUGCCUUCGGUCAGGCUGGGAGAGAGGCAGAGAAAGUCGGUCAGGGGGCCCACCAGGCCUUCGGUCAGCCUGGGAAGGAGGGAGGGAGGGUGGUACAGGGGGCCAAUCAGGGACUUAGCCAUGCUGCAAUGGAGGCACAGCAGUUUGGCCAUGGCCACGGUUACUAUGCGGCAGGGCAAGCUUGGCAAGAGGGAGACAAAGUGAUGCAGCCUGGAGUCAACCAGGCUGGGAAGGAGAUAGAGAAGUUGGGCCAGGGUGCCCGCCAUACCACUGAUCAGGCUGGAAAGGAGGCCGAGAAAGUGGUUCAAGGGGUCCACACCGGGGUCAACCAGGCUGAGAAGGAGGCAGAGAAAGUCGGCCAAGGGGUCAGCUAUGCUGCUGGCCAGGCCGGAAAGGAAACGGAGAAGCUUGGUCAAGGUGCCCACCAUGCUGCUGGCCAGGCCUGGAAGGAAAUGGACAGGUGGCAGCAAGAUGUUCAUAAUGGGGUCAACCAAGCCAGCAAGGAGGCCAACCAGCUGCCGAAUGGCACUCAUCAAGGCGGGUACACAGGCCAACACGGAGGGGCCGCAACCACUACAGUAGCAUCUGGGGCCUCGGUCAACAAGCCAUUUAUCAACUUCCCAGCUCUAUGGAGGAGCAUCGCCGCCAUCAUGCCCUAAACUGAUGCCCAGGCACGUUGUUCCUGCUGUCAGCUGAAAUAGCCUGGAGGAGCUGGGGGUCGGGGCGAGCUGCCGGGUGUCCUUAAGGGGGCUGCUUUGAGCUUUGUGAAUAAACACGAACACACUGUCCUUUCUCA